GUUUUUUUAAAAAAAAGAAAAAGUUCACUUAGUCACUACAAUUCAUCCUUAUAUUUCAAUCUUAUAUUCAAAUUUAUUCUUCUUAAUAUACCACUCUGAUAUAUUUUUUUUAAUAAACAUGGGAAUCCAAGGUUUAUUACCUCUGUUUGAUAAGGUACAACAAAAAGUCAAUAUCAAGGAGUAUUCUGGUUGUCGCGUUGCUGUGGAUGGAAAUGUUUGGCUUCAUAGGGGUGCUUUUGCUUGCGCGAAAGAAUUGGCUCUGAAUCAACCUACAACAGGUUAUGUUAACUAUUUCAAGAAACAAGUGGAAUUCCUUCAAUAUCACAAAGUUGAACCUGUUAUUGUUUUUGACGGUGAAGCUUUACCAAUCAAAAAACAUACAAAUGAUCAAAGAAGACUGAAACGCCAAAUUGCCCGCGACCAAGCAAUGGAUUAUUUACGACAUGGGAAUUUACAUCAAGCUACUGACUGCUUUCAAAAAGCCAUUCAAAUCACUCCUCACAUGACAAAAGAAGUAAUCAAGUAUCUUGAAUUAAACAAUAUCAAAUAUAUCCAUGCGCCCUAUGAAGCUGAUGCUCAACUUGCUUUUCUCUGUCAAACUGGUCUGGUUUCUGCUGUCAUCACUGAAGAUUCGGAUCUUUUGGUUUUUGGUUGUCCAACUGUAUUACUCAAAAUGAAUGCCUAUGGUGAUGCUGUUCAAAUCCGUCAAAAAGAUAUCUUUCAAAAAGUUAAUCAAGAUAUUGACUUUACAAAUUGGAAUCUCAUGAAAUUACGACAUAUGUGUAUCCUUUCUGGUUGUGAUUACUUACCUUCCAUUCCUGGUGUGGGAAUUAAAACAGCUUAUAAACUCUUUAAUCGAUACCAAACAAUAUCCAAGGUUCUGUACCAUUUACAACGUCAAAGGAAACUAAAAAUCUCUCCCGAUUACGAACAUAACUUCUUCAAGGCGAAUGAUGCUUUCUUAUUUCAAUAUGUAUACAAUCCUCUGUCCAAGAAUUGCACUCGUUUGAACAAGUUACCAACUGGCAAAACAUAUCUUGAUUAUGACUUUUUGGGUGAUUCUCCAAACGAUGAAGAACCAACCUUGAAAGUGCAAGUCAAAUCCGUUGAAAGCAAGACAUCAUCCUCUUCAAGAUUCCCCUCUAUGGUUACCUCAUCAACGUCAUCAGCACUUCCUUUACGAAAUAUUCAAAAUCAACCUUCUACAACCUUAUCUACAAACGCAGUACUUCCCAAGAAAUACUCGUCAAUGACGGAAACAGCUAUAUACGAUGAAAAUAACAAGGAAAACAUACCACCUUGGAUUACAAUGACUGCUGUUACCCAACCUAACAAUCAACAAUUGAAAAGAAAAUAUGAUGAUUCCCAUGAACAACAACACAUCAAGCCAUUACUACCUCAAUCAAAUAUCAUUUCAUCCAAUAAAAAACGCAAAACUUCAUUAGCAUUACCUACAGCAACUGAAUCCUUGAAACCAUCUUUCUCACGAACUUCAUAUACCCAUCCACAAGUCACAUCAGCAACAUACAUCUCGCUUUUUGGACUGUGUAGAAAUGACCUAUCGUCACGAAAGCGAAAAUUGAUCAACUCUACCAUACUCUCUCCGACGGAUGUGCUUAUUCCAUCAAUGACCAAACGAUUCCAUGUUACUCACUGAUCUCUCUCUCUCUUGUAUAUCCUUUGAAAAUCGAUACUGUCAUCUAUCAUUGUUAUUUGUAUUAGGUCGAUCCUUUUUGUUGAAAAUGAAAGUGAAUGAAAGGAUGAUUUGUUCAACAAACAAGAAACUAUCAAUUAAUUGUCAAAAUUCCAUGUAAAUCAUCCUUCAUUUAUUUAUAACAUGUCUCAUUAUCAAAAAGUUCUUUGUUAGAAAUCUCAAUAUAUUUGGCAGUAUUACGUUUGUAUCAAUUUCAUUAUAGUUACCUUUAUUCAUUUUAUAAAUAUUCCCCUCGUUUAGUUUGUUAUACAUAUACAGUAUUAGUUCAUUCCACACAAAAAAAUAAUAAUACAGUAUUAGUUCAUUCCACACAAAAAAAUAAUAAUAAUCCAGGUUUACAUAUGCAUCCACACACACACACACAUAUAUAUAUAUAUCUCCUCCUCUUUAUUAUUAUUUUUUCUUUGUUUAUACAUAUAUCUUUUCAUUCAAAUUCAAU